CAUCGUCACGCGUCCUCUGCCGAGCGCAUCUCGAUGUACUCCACAAGCAUUUUCACCGUAUGAAUACCAUUUCCCACUGUUGAGUGCUCGCUUUUUGCGCUUUCUCGCUUUCUUUCUGCUUCUGUGUGCCUCUCUGUGGAGGCAUUGUGCUAGGGUUAAUCGGAGUGGAGACGAGGAGCACAGAUGGGACAGCAAUCCUUGAUCUACAGCUUCGUGGCGCGUGGGACGGUGGUUCUCGCGGAGUACACUGAGUUCACCGGAAAUUUCACCGGGAUCGCGGCGCAAUGCCUCCAGAAACUCCCCGCCGCCAACAAUAGGUUCACUUACAACUGCGAUGGCCACACCUUCAAUUAUCUGGUCGAGGAUGGGUUCACAUAUUGUGUUGUGGCUGUGGAAUCUAUUGGAAGGCAAGUUCCCAUUGCAUUUCUUGAGCGGGUUAAAGAAGAUUUUACCAAGAAAUAUGGUGGAGGAAAGGCGGCUACAGCUGUAGCCAACAGCCUUAAUAAAGAAUUUGGACCCAAACUGAAGGAGCAGAUGCAAUACUGUGUGGAUCAUCCAGACGAAAUCAGCAGGAUUGCUAAAGUAAAAGCUCAGGUUUCCGAAGUCAAAGGCGUGAUGAUGGAAAACAUUGAAAAGGUUCUUGAUCGUGGUGAAAAGAUUGAACUUUUGGUUGAUAAAACUGAGAAUCUUCGAUCCCAGGCGCAAGACUUUCGGUCGCAAGGAACCAAGAUGAGGAGGAAGAUGUGGCUGCAGAAUAUGAAGAUAAAGUUGAUCGUCCUCGCGAUUAUCGUCGCACUUAUCCUUAUCAUUGUUUUAUCCGUAUGUGGUGGAUUCAAAUGCCACUAGCCUCUGUAAGUGUGUUGUCACACCUUCCCUUGGCUUUUACAUUGCAUUUACUAUUUUUGCUUUAGCUUCCCAUUUGGUGACCUCAUCUUUGCCCUCUGUGCUCCAAACUGCAUUUUGGCAUACUAUUUGUAUAGUUGUACUCACAUUAUCUUCACCAAUAUAUAUACACAUAUAUAUAUA